AUGGUGCAUUAUCAUUAUGGCCCGUCUACCGCAUCUGAUGCCGUCCCCUCGAGCCCGCCCGCCAUUGUCUCUUCUCCAGCCAGCUCCAGCCUGCUGCUGUCGCCCAUCCGGUCGACGCGGCGCAAGGAACGACGAAACCCUUCGGUGACGCCGCGUAGGUUCGGCCGCUUCUUUACGCCCCGGUCGUCUCUGCCCAGCGGACGCUCAGUCCUGGGCAUGCUGGAUGGCGCCUCUGUCAACAAUCGCCAGCUGGCUUCGCCCAUGUCCUUUCUUAGCGAUCCGCUGAGCUCGGAUCCGCUGUGUCCGCCCUCUCCCAGCGAGCGGCUGGGCGUCAGCGGAGAGCACAAGAGGCUGUUGGGGGAGACGCGGGCAGAGAGUGCAAAGAGGAGGAGAAUCGCGGGCGAUUCGCAGUACGGCCUCCAGGGUCUAAUCAAUGGCACCAUUAUCGAGGAGGAUCUGACCAUGACCGAGGGCUUGUCCGAGGAUGGCGCCAAGGCAAAGGAGACUCUUGAAAGCUUGGGGGACAGGCGGAAAGCGACAUUGAAUCUCUUCUUCAAGGCCAGCCGCAGUGGUUCCCGUGGGCAAGAAAAGUCGGGACUCACUCCACAGAGGCUAUUUGCCGCGGAUCCAAAAGCCCCCUUGCAGCUGGAGGGAUAUCAGCCCAAGCCCGUGCGCAAGUUCCGGGACCGUGGGUUUGAGUCUCACCUUCUUGAUCGUGAGCAUGGCUUCUCUUUACACCACGGCAGACAGCACCUGAGCCACCCGGCCUGUGACCCGAGGGUCGAAACGUCCUCAUUCUACAGCCGGAGCAACGAUCUUCACCACUGUGUCUCCUCCACCGGAGGCGGUAAUACGAUUCCAUUCAGUCUGGCCAGCUGCCACAAGGCUUCAGUCACAGCCAUUGGUGAUGAGCAGGGAUGCGUUCGUCUCUUCAACACCACCUUGAAUGAUGACCUGGACGACUCAAAGGUCGACGUAUACAUCUCCGUUCACGACAACGCAAUUAUGGAUUUGGCGUUCUCACAAGAUGAUAUGCGCCUGGCGACGGCGUGUGGUGACCGCAGCGGCCGGAUUCUCGACGUUCCAACGCAGACGGUCGCUGCCGAGCUUGGAGGCGGCCACUGGGACUCACUGCGGCAGGUUGCAUUUCAGCCUGGCGAGGCAGCCGGCAACGUCAUUGCUUCGUCCGACCGGGCUGGUCGUAUUCAGAUUUGGGACCUGCGAUGCUCCUCAUCACCCGUCAACAGCUUUUCAUGCCCCAGCGGCAUCGGCCAGCGCGACACCUCCCUCGAGCCCCUUCAGGCCAAGGGCGUAAACACUAUUGACAAUGCCCACGAGCGCACGGUGCAGGGCAAUACUUCGUCAGCGUCUGUCACAGCUAUCCAUUGGAUGCCUCCGGGCCGCGAGCACCUCCUGCUCUCUGCCUCCGAGGCCAAUGCUUCCAUCAAGCUCUGGGACACACGAUAUAUCAAGCCUCGGCGGCAGGCCGAGGAGACGCCUCUCGCCGUGACUCAGGAGCCACGAGGCCACACGUGGCGCUCCUACGGCAUCACCUCCCUGGCCCUCAGCUCCGACGCCGCCCGCCUCUACGCUGUCUGCAAGGACAGCACCGUCUACGCCUACUCUACGAGCCACCUGAUGCUAGGCCACGCGCCGGAGCUUGAGGACGGAGCCACCAAGCGCAGGCCCAACGGCGCCCAUGGCCUGGGGCCCAUGUACGGCUUCAAGCACGAGCUCUUCCGCGCCCAGUCCUUCUACGUCAAGUGCGACAUCCGGCCCGGCAUCAACGGCUCCUCGGAGCUCCUCGCCGUGGGCAGCACCGACGGAUGCGCCCUCCUCUUCCCGACAGACGAACGAUAUAUCCGCAGCGCCUGGGCCAAACGCUCCCACAUGGCUCCCGAGCCGUCCUUUGCCACCCCGUCGCAGAGCAUCUCCACGCCGUCUGCGUUUGGAUCGUCCGCCACGCCCCUGAUCCCUAUCUCGCGCCUCGGCACGCCCCUCAUCCGCGGCCACAGCCGCGAGGUCACCACCCUCAGCUGGUCCCACGACGGCAAGCUCGUGACUGCCUCUGACGACUACAUUGUUCGGCAGUGGCAGCAGGACGAGGCUCGCGCGCGGUAUUUGCGGCAGGUGGGCGAGUUUGGCGGCGAGCGACACUUGGCUGGCUGGGCUGACGUGGGGGAUGAUUGGGAUACCCCUGACGAUGACGACGAAUAA